AUGCCUUAUAUUGACGAUGAGCUGCAAAAUCGCUGGUUCGACUUUGGUGGAGACGCUCUUAUUAACACCAAUCGCCACAUCCGCUUAACGAGUAACCGCCAAUCGCAGCAAGGCUACCUUUGGUCACGACUGCCAUUGACAGCGUCCAACUUUGAAAUCGAAUUUGAAUUUAACGUGGAAGGUCAAUCAGGCCAUUUGUACGGUGAUGGCAUGGCGAUGUGGCUUACCAAACAACGGUCGACACCUGGACCUGUAUUUGGAUCGGUUGAUCAGUUUGAAGGCCUUGGUGUAUUCUUUGAUACCUAUGAUAACGAGCGAGCACAUCGUCACACAUUCCCGUAUAUUUCUGCCAUGCUUGGUGAUGGUAUCAAGUCUUACCAGAAUGAUAAGGACGGACGUCCAACAGAACUUGCGGGCUGUGAGUCCAAUUUCCGAGCAAAAUCUUUCCCAACAAAAGCUCGCCUCACUUAUUACAAGAACAAUUAUCUUCAAUUCGACAUGAUCUGGCGUGAGGAAGAUGAAUGGAGCGAGUGCUUCAAGGUGGAUGAUGUCCAACUCCCCGAGCAAAUAUAUCUUGGUUUCACUGCUCACACCGGCGAGGUGACAGAUAACCACGACAUUGUCGGUGUCACUACUAAGACCCUUAUCGCGAAAGCCAAGGAAGCCAAGCCGGUCCAACCUUCCGUAAGCAGCAAGAAGAGCUCUGGUGGUUUCUUCUCUUUUCUGCUUAAGCUGCUGGUAGCCGGUGCUCUUGUUGGUGUAUUGUUUGUUGCCUACCGCAUGUAUGAUAACAACAACAGAAUGAAGAAUUUCUAA